AUGGGAGGCCUGUGGCCCUGGGUGCUGGGUCUGCUCUCCUUGCCAGGUGUGAUCCUCGGAGUGCUCCCAGCCUCCCAGUGUGCAGGAGACUGCAGCGCCAGCUUCCUGGAAGACCUCACCCCUGAGGGGACCCCAGCAUCCUGGGACAAGGAUAUCCCUGCUAUUAACCAAGGGCUCAUCCCGGAGGAAGCCCCAGACGGCAGCUUCCUUGUGGAAGGGGACAUCAUCCGGCCGAGUCCCUUCCAGCUGUUGUCGGUGACCGACAAUAAGUGGCCUAAAAGUACUGGUGGCGCCGUGGAGGUCCCCUUCCUGCUGUCCAGCAAGUAUGACGAGCCCAGCCGCCGGCUCAUCCUGGAGGCGUUUGCCGAGUUUGAACGUGUCACGUGCAUCCGGUUUGUCGCUUACCAAGGCCAGAGAGACUUCAUCUCCAUCAUCCCCAUGGCCGGGUGCUUCUCUGGCGUGGGCCGUAGUGGAGGGAUGCAGGUGGUGUCCUUGGUACCCGCCUGUCUCCGCAGGGGCCGGGGCAUCGUUCUGCACGAGCUCAUGCACGUGCUGGGCUUCUGGCACGAGCAUGCGCGAGCUGACCGGGACCGCUACAUCCGUGUCAACUGGCAUGAGAUCCGGCCAGGCUUUGAAAUCAACUUCGUCAAGUCUCGGAGCAGCAAUAUGCUGGCGCCCUAUGACUACUCAUCCGUGAUGCACUAUGGGAGGCUGGCCUUCAGCCGGCGCGGGGAGCCCACCAUCAUUCCGCUCUGGGCCCCCAGUGUCCACAUCGGCCAGCGGUGGAACCUGAGCGCCUCGGACAUCACCCGGGUCCGCAGGCUCUACGACUGCAGCGCAGGUGGCCCUGACUCCCGCGGCAGAGGGUUCCAGGCGCGCAGCAGUGGGAAGAGCCCCGUGCCUGCCUCUAGACCUUACCUGCAAAGACUCCUGGAGGCACUGCCGGGGGAAUCCAGGAGCCCCGAGCCCAGUGGCCCUGGGGCUGGCGGCCAGCGUGUUGCUGCAGGACCUGGAGAGAACCCCCAGGGCUGGGAGCCCCCUGCCUGGAGAAGGUUCAGCGCGGCGAUCUUGGGAAGGCCACCACAGACCCUGGCUUCCUCCCCAGGGUCAGGGCUUCGAGCAGGGGCACCGGGCAUGGUUCUGGAGCCGUCCUGGCUCGCCCAGUUGCCCACGGAACCUCCAGCUCCAUUUCCAGAAGCCAGAGAGCAGCUGCCACCUGUGCAGGCUGCUGUGGAGAGCCCAGAUCGAUCAGGAGGCUGGGAACCUGGAAGCCGCUUCAGGCGGAUGCCCGGAGCUUGAGUCGGUGGCUUCUGUCCCCAAAG